GCGGACGCUCCUCCUGCUGAGCCCCGCUGCGGAGGCCUGGUUCCCGGGGAGAUGCUGAAGCAACAGCCGCUGGAAGAGAUGCUGGUCCCGGCCUGAGGAGCGGAGCAGCACCGGAGGAGCACCGGAGGAGCAGCGGAGCAGCAGCAGGAAGAUGUCCGGCAGGAAGCCUCUGACCCCGGUGAGCGAGUCCGACCAGGCACCGGUGAAGGUCUCAGACGGACUCCCCGGGCCAGCGGCUCCGCUCCCCAAGUCCUCGAGCCGCCACGGCCUGCCGCCGGCUCGCAGCUCCGGCAUGGCGCUCGCCGACGAGCAGCCGCACGUCGGCAACUACCGUCUGCUGAAGACCAUCGGGAAAGGCAACUUCGCCAAAGUCAAACUGGCCCGACACUCGCUGACGGGCAGAGAGGUGGCGAUCAAGAUCAUCGACAAGACGCAGAUGAACCCGACCAGCCUGCAGAAGCUGUUCAGGGAAGUUAGUGUGAUGAAGAUCCUCAACCACCCAAACAUCGUGAAGCUGUUCGAGGUCAUUGAGACGGAGAAGACUCUGUACCUGGUGAUGGAGUUCGCCAGCGGAGGGGAAGUCUUUGACUACCUGGUGGCUCAUGGACGAAUGAAGGAGAAGGAGGCCAGAGCAAAGUUUCGCCAGAUUGUGUCAGCAGUGGAGUACUGUCACCAGAAGAGGAUCGUACAUCGAGACCUCAAGGCGGAGAACCUCCUGCUGGACGCCGACAUGAACAUUAAAAUCGCAGACUUUGGCUUCAGUAACGAAUUCACGAUCGGCAGCAAGUUGGACACGUUCUGCGGCUCGCCGCCCUACGCCGCUCCCGAACUCUUCCAGGGGAAGAAGUACGACGGGCCGGAGGUGGACGUCUGGAGUCUGGGAGUGAUCCUCUACACGCUGGUCAGCGGCUCGCUGCCCUUCGACGGACAGAACCUCAAGGAGCUGCGGGAGCGUGUCCUCAGAGGAAAGUACCGGAUUCCCUUCUACAUGUCGACUGACUGUGAGAACCUGCUGAAGAAGCUGCUGGUUCUAAACCCCGGGAAACGAGGCAGUCUGCAGCAAAUCAUGAAGGAUCGAUGGAUGAACGUCGGCUACGACAAUGACGACCUGAAGCAGUUCACCGAGGCCGAGCAGGACUUCAACGACCUCACACGCAUCGAGCUGAUGGGGACGAUGGGUUUCCCUCAGGAGGAAGUGAGGAAGGCGCUGGACGGUCCCAAGUACAACGAGGUGACAGCAACCUACCUGCUGCUGGGGAGGAAACCCGUCGAGUGUGAAGGCACUGAGUCUGUGUCCCGUGGUGGCCUGGUCCAAAGGUCACGACCCUGCAGCGACGUCAACGGCUCCAGUCAGUCACCCGCCCACUCUCGCAAUGCAACAGCCAAUCAGAAGCAGCGACGCUUUAGUGACCACGUGGCGCCCUCUAUCCCCCCCCCUGUCUCCUGCACCAAGCACUCCCACGCCAACAGCGUGGAAAGUGACAGGAAGGCCGAGACCGCCUCCCCCAUGGGAGCUCCAGACCGCCGGAAGUCCGCCACCGGGUCGGGGAGCAUCACUCGGAGGAACACGUAUGUUAAUGAGCGGCCGAGCAUCGAACGCCACUCCACUGCGAUCCCCAACGGGACGGACGCCAGUCUCCCUGAGGUUCCUGCAGCGUCCCCCUCGCCGUCGCCAGGGGCAACCGUCUCCUCCAUGCGCCCCCGUCACGUGAAGUCCAUGUCGGUGUCGGGUCACCCCAUGAGGUCCAGCCUGCCGCCCAUCCACGACCACGCCGAGUACCAGAGCUCGCCCCCCCAGCCGCCCUCCUCCCCCUCCGCCUUCAGCGUCACCAGCAGCAGUAGCACCACGCCGGACCGCAGCAGCUUCCCCCGCGGCUCCACCAGCCGCUCCACCUUCCACGGCGCUCAGCUGCGAGACCGCCGACCCGCCACCUACAACGGCCCGCCGGUCUCGCCCAGCCUCUCGCAGCACGCUGCCGCCUCGUUAGCUACGUCCCGCCGCGGAACAUCUGGCUCCCUCAUCGGAAAGAUCACCUCCAAGUUCGUUCGCAGGAGUUCCUCGGGCGAGCCUCGCGAGGAGGCCCGGGAGUCCAAGCCUCGGUCCCUGAGGUUCACCUGGAGCAUGAAGACCACGUCCUCCAUGGAGCCGGGGGACAUGAUGAAGGAGAUCCGCAGGGUCCUGGACGCCAACAACUGUGACUACGAGCAGCGCGAGCGCUACUUACUGUUCUGCGUGCACGGAGACGCCCGGCUGGACAGUCUGGUCCAAUGGGAGAUGGAGGUGUGCAAGCUGCCCCGCCUCUCGCUCAGUGGCGUGCGCUUUAAAAGGAUCUCGGGCAUGUCCAUCGCCUUCAAGAACAUCGCCUCCAAAGUGGCCAAUGAGCUCAGGCUGUGAGCGAGGAGAACCCCCCCCCCCCCCCACUCCUCCUGACUCCAUCCCGGACCACCUGGUGUCGGACUCAGAGAAAACACUUAUUUUACUCAACACAGUUAAUAUUUAACGUCAUCACUAAAUGUUAAUGCCAGUGAAACCAAAUAUGACAACAAGCAGACGCUCGGCAGCUCGAGGUUCGUCCCUCGUGUUCGUUGAAGAAGAAAUCUGAUUUUUCCCAAACUUUGAAAACCAAAUUCUUAAACUUAACCUAAAGUGGAAACGGCAGUUAAAGGGAUUAAAGAAACCAGAUGGGUCAUGAACCAGGAAAAUGAGCAAUGUCCGUCCAUAUCAACACACCUGAAGACACAGGUCACGUGACCUGAAGACACAGGUCACGUGACCGUUCGCCUGCACUGGUCAUGUGGUGUAAACAGGAAGUAGAAUGGUAGCUUAGUAACAGAAACUGUGUGUGUGAUGGUGAAACGUCAGAGCAGGGACGACGAGGUGGAAGUGUCACUGACAGGAAGUGCAACU